GCGCUCGGUGGAAGAAUUGGAGUCGGAGACGUAGUUGCCCAGCGGCAGCCAUUGGCCGGUACAUCUUUAAUUUGCCAAUGAUUUCUACUGACCGAGAUUCCGCUACUCCCCGCUUACCGUGCAGGCGGCGCAGCUACCCUGGUAUAAAUCAAAAUGUAGCGUGCACUUCCGUCGUACGUUGAGCGCACAAGUACGUUGCUGCAACCAAUCGCAGCGUCCGUCCAUUGCCCUCUAGUCUCGACUGCGUGCGCAGCAGUAUGAGUCAGCGCGUUCACACGUGUUUUACGCCGAUGCCGCCACUUUCCUUGCUGAUGGUAAAUACUAGAUCGCCAGCUGAUUGCGAACAGCUGCACUCGUCCCGCUCGCUGGAGAAGAAUCCGCAUUUUUUUCACUUUAAUUUUCUCUUUCAAAGGUCGCUCAUUUGUCAGUGGUUAACUGUCUCCUUUCUGCAUUUUGUACGUAUCAGCCAGUCAGAGUUUAAUAGCGUUGAAUUCGUAUUUUGCUGCCUGUUUACUGCCAGUCUGCCGGACCAUGUCGAAGCGCUCUCCACCGAGCAAGCCUACGUCUGCCAAAAAACCCCGGAUGGAUUUCCCAGAUGCUGGAGAGCGUUCGGAUGGGUUCCGCAUUCUCAUGGGAAUUGAGAAAGACAAAGAUUCUGGGAAGAAGUUUAGUGAGCUAAUGAAGGGUGGCGGGUGCCAUGUGGAAUUGUUUUGGAUAAAAUGAAUCUGGCCGCCGAGUUGACUGCUGCCGUGGUGCCAGGCCAGCCUAUCUCUUCCACGGUCAAGUACCCUCUCCUUAUCAAUAUGUUGCGCAACUACGACAAUAGCCUGAAAAACAUUGCUGCCAGUGGCCGACCCCACUCCAGCUCGUUGGGCGUCUUCCUCGAAAAUAUGCCAGUCCGCGGAGCAGUACCGUCCGAAAAAUCUCAUCACGUAGUUUCGCUGGCAGGGAUCCGUGACCAGCUGGACAUGCAGACGUAUAGUGAGCUGAAUGAGCGUCUCCGUGCUGAUGGACUUGAGAUUUUUGACUCGGACAUUUUCGAUCGCGUCGUCGACGAUGGCAAGGAUGGCAGCGGGGCGAGCGGAUCGACCUCGGGCGCUGGUGGAGGAGUUGUUCGUGAGCGCACGAAGGCGGGCGGUUCCAGCCUGAUCGCGAGCAGUGCGGCCGGCGCAACGGGCAUUGUACUGGGCCUGCACAUUGUGGGAAGUGAGGCUCCCGACGCUGUCAAGGCUGAUCGAGUAUCUGUGAUUCAUCCUCCGAAAGGGACCACGAAUGCCGCGGAGAAGGCGAGCGUGGACACCCGCCAGGCCGCCCUCGACAAGACGCAUCCGGCCGCAGACGUCAGCCAUACCGAAGCCGUGAAGGAGCUGUCGGCUGCUGGCGGCGAGGCCGGUCAGGAGGCGGGAGUGGCGGAGCAGCCGUCGCAGGACAAGGACGCGCCGAUGAAGGCCGCCAAGGCGAAGGAAGCCGGCGGCGGCGUCCAGCAGGGCCAGGCAGCCGGCCCGGAAGGGGAGCAGCGCAGCGACGGCGACGCCAAGAAGGACGCCGGCCGUCCCGUCCAUCCCGAUCUCGGCAGCGCCGAUUCCACCGCCAGUUUGCCAGUGGGCGAAGGAGACGGUCAGCGCCGACUGUCGGACGCGGGGCAGACCACCGAGGACCAGGGCCAUGGCCGACCGGCAGCUGGAACGGGAGCGGGAGCGCCGCCCGCCGACUUUGCUGCACUGGCCGCGGAGGCCCGGGCAGUGCGCGUGGAGCUUGAAUCUUUGGCUGGACGAGUUGGGCAGCUGGCGGAGGCCAUCGAGGAGGCGGGCAGCCGUCAGUGACGUUGACUUGUCUGUACACUAAUCUCUUUCCUUUUUUGCCAAUAGUUUGUGAUAUUUUCUAGUAUUUUGCAGGCUUUUUUUCUUCGGCGUGUUCAUAUUCCCUGCAUAUUUUUGUGCAAGGAAGCAGUGUUUGCCGCAUGUAAUAAUGGAAUGACUGAUUGUGAAUUUGUCAGUGGUGACGGCUUAAAGUUCUGA